AUGCCUACUCCUAUCCCCCAGGCUACUGAGCUCAAGGACCUCCUCUCCCUCAAGGGAAAGGUUGUCAUCGUCACCGGUGCUUCCGGACCUACCGGUAUCGGUAUUGAGGCCGCUCGUGGUUGCGCUGAGUUCGGUGCCGACCUUGCCAUCACCUACAACUCCCGCUCCACCGGCGCUGACAAGAACGCUAAGGAGCUCUCCGAGAAGUACGGUGUCAAGGUCAAGGCGUACAAGUGCGUUAUCAGCGACUACGCCAACUGCGAGAAGCUCGUUGCCGAUGUCAUUGCAGACUUCGGCAAGGUCGAUGUCUUGAUCGCCAACGCCGGAAAGACCGCUGACAACGGUAUCCUCGAUGCCACCGUCGAGCAGUGGAACGAGGUCCUCGAUGUCGACUUGACCGGAACCUUCAACUGCGCCCGUGCCGUCGGUCUCCACUUCCGUGAGCGCAAGACCGGAUCCCUCGUCAUCACUGCCUCCAUGUCUGGCCACAUUGCCAACUUCCCCCAGGAGCAGACCUCUUACAACGUCGCAAAGGCUGGCUGCGUCCACUUGGCCAAGUCUCUUGCCAACGAGUGGAGGGACUUCGCCCGUGUCAACUCCAUCUCCCCCGGAUACAUUGACACUGGUCUCUCCGACUUCGUUCCCCAGGACAUCCAGAAGCUCUGGCACUCUAUGAUCCCCAUGGGUCGUGGUGCCAACCCCAAGGAGCUCAAGGCUGCCUACGUCUACUUCGCUUCUGACGCCUCUUCUUACACCACCGGUUCCGAUCUCCUCAUCGACGGUGGUUACACUACCCGUUAA